AUGGUCAAAAUUGAACCACUUAGCACUUUGGUAAAAGUAUUUUCAUCAGCGAAGAUUCAUUUGCCAGACAAGCCAUUAGAUGAGACCAGUGUUCCUUAUCUGCUUGCCUCAGACAUAUCCGUGAAAGAAUUCAAUUCUUUCAUUGAAAGCAAAGAGCCAAGUGGAUACAAAUUUGAGUACAACAACCGCUGUGUAUAUAUAGUCGAUAUGUGCUCAAGUGAACAUGAAGCUAUUAUUGAAGAAUUGCGAGAUUGCUUCCGUGCUCCCUUCCUUGGUACUCGCUCUAUAAAUUGUCCAGUACAAAUUCGUGGACAGCCACUCCAUAUGUCACCAGCUCGAGACGGGUCCCAUAUUGCACCGGAUCUCGCUAUCCUUCCACAUUAUACUUACGUUCCACCGCCUCCCGUUUCCCACCCUGGUCCGCCUCCAAGUGACAUAAGGGGAAACCCUUAUGCUAGAAUAAUUUGUGAGGUAGCUGUGGCCCAAAGCUCCCCAAACUUGAACAUCAAGUGCAGGCUAUGGAAGCGGGAGGAGUACGCACAAGAUGUACUCGGUAUCAAACUUUACGAUGUAAAGACUACACGCAACAACCCACAAGGAAUGUUAGAUCGGGCAAUGAAGGCUACGCUUUGGCGGUCAGGGGUCGCAAGGCGAAAGUGGAAAUUUGGAACCGUGAAAAAAGACGGGUCUCCUAUUGGCCCUAAUGGUUGUAAUGGCCCGAACGACCCAAACUAUUUAAUAACGAUCCCCGUCGCCGAUGUCUUUUUCGAUCCGCCGGUUCCUAAUAUUGCGUAUAUUCCAUUAGCACCACCUCCUCCUGCAGUCAUGGCUACCAACUUUACUAUCGACCUAUACAAUGUUCAACAGAUGGUUUUGUAUUAUCAGCAAAAGUGA